GGCCCCGUCUCUAAUAUCGCAAGUUGACGACGCGCAUAGGGAGCCGGGAACCAGCUUAUGGAGAUGAUCCUCUAUGGCUGCAGUCGGAGUUCCUGCACAUGGAGAGUCAAAAUUGCUCUGGCUAUCAAAGGCAUCCAGUAUGAAGACGUUGCCGUAACGGAUGAAUCAAUGACUGGUUACGGUUUUCAGCAAAACUGGCCCGCCUUCCUGAAAGCCAGUCCUUUACAGCAGGUCCCCGCUCUUGUGCAUGGCGAGUGGAGUUUCAUCCAGUCGAUAGCCAUCAUGGAAUACCUGGAUGAAAUACAACCCGACCCGCCACUGAUGCCAGUGGCUCCAGUUCUAAGAGCUAAGACCCGAGCCCUGGCGGAGACAGUAGUAUCAGCUGUCCAACCAUUCCAGGCCCACAAUGAGACCUUGGUGUCCAGAGUUGGAGGGGAAGAGAAAUUUAAGGAAUGGGCCGAGUUUUGGAUUCAUAAAGGCUUUGCUGCCAUUGAAGUGAUGCUGAAAGAUACGCAUGGGAAAUGCUGUAUUGCUGACGACGUCACCGUGGCUGACCUGUGCCUUGUACCCCAGUAUGACAACGCCGUCAACAGGUACAAUAUUGACGUGAAUCAAUAUCCAACGAUGUCAAAAAUAGCAGAACACUGCCUAAAACUGGAACCAUUUUCAUCAACAAGGCCACCAGUUGCGUAGAUGCUUAAUGUAGCAGAAGAAAUCCAUUACACACAAAAUGGCAGUAAUUACUGUCUUAAGUAUAACAAUUUUGAUACAGGUUUAUAUCCGAUUUGAUUUAAA